CCGGUCACCGCCCCGGGCUCCGGUCACCGCCCCUUCCUCCACCGGCCGCUUUUCAAAAUCCGCUCCCAGCCGGAGGAGGAUGAGACACCGCCGAGCACACAAAGCGCCCACACAUCCUCUGCGAGGACUUCUGGGGAUAAAACACCCCGACUGCACCCCCCAGCUGACGGCUCUCUUACCGCAUCUUCCUGGAGGAUUAUCCCGGCGAGGGGACCGCGACGUCCGGGGAGAAGAAGUGUGUUUUCUUACAGUUUAAAGUUCGCGUUAUUCACUAACAUCAGUUGGACAAGGAGCCAACUGUCGCCCAGCUUCCGAGACUUUGGGCAGGGUGCUGUCCUGUGGGAUGGAUGACACCCAAGAGCAGGAUCAGUACGAGGAGCGCCUGAAAGAAGUUUUUAACAGUUUUGAUGCCAGCGGCUCCGGCUCUCUGAGCCCGGAGGAACUCUCCAACCUCUGCCAGUCCCUGCACCUGGACGAUGCCACGCCAGCUCUUCUGCACACACUGCUGCAGAGCGAGGACCGCCUCACUGCAAGGGUUGACUUUGAUCAGUUCAAGAACGCACUGAUUCUGGUUUUGUCGUCAACCUUUGAGCCACAAGAAGAAGAAGAGUCCGUAUCGAAACCAGACUCUCCUGAGAUCCAGCCAAAGUUUGUGAAGGGCAGUAAACGUUACGGCCGCCGCUCCACGCCGGAGUUCAGAGAGCCCGCCUCAGACUUCUCUGAAGCGACGAAUGAGAACCCGGUGGAGGAGAACUAUGACUCGGCUGUUCCCAGGAAGCGUGAGCGCUGGAACGCUCAUGAAACGAGCGAGGAGGAGUUCGAGGCAGAAGGCCAGUCGCACCUCUGGAACCCCGACGAGCCAUGCACGCCGCGGGGGUCCGGCGUCCCUCUGACCCGCUGUUCAGAGGAGAAGCUGCGUGCCGCCUGUGACGAGCUGCAGAUCUCACGGGACGGAUGUGCCGCUCACACCGACCUGCUCGCUCUCUGUGAACGCCUCGGCCUGGAGACCUCUGUGGAUUUGCUUCAGAGUCUCUCCGGCGACGGAGCUAUGAACGUUCAGGAGUUUGUCUCCAGAGUUGUGAAUCAUAACCAACCUCCAACACCGUCGGCCUCCACGCCGUACAGGCAGCUGAAGCGACAUCACUCCACGCAGCCCUUCGAUGGGGGGGGCCGGAGGAUAACUACGCCCGCUGCUCUGACCGGCACUAUCGGCAUGCGUCUCUUCUCCACCCUCGACGACGGUUCCGGAUUCACUCCAGUGGAAUCCAUCCUGGACGCCUGGAUGGAAGAGGGGAUAGAAAACAGCAUGGAGAUCCUGCAGGCUUUGAAUUUGGGCCUGGAGGGGAAGCUGAGCCUCAGCGACCUGACCGCGGCGCUUGAGAACGAGCUUCUCGUGACGAAGAACGGGAUUCACCAAGCGGCUCUGGCGAGCUUCAAAGCUGAGAUCAGAUUUCUUCUCGAGCGUGUGGACAGAGAGCUCGGGGAGAAAGAGAAAAUCCGCUCUGACCUGGAAAAAGCAGAGAAACUAAAAGCUCAGCUCGCCACCGAAGUGGACGAGCGUCACUCGGCCAUCGAGCACACGAACAACCUCAACCUCAGGACGCUGCAGCAGGAGCACCGGGAGAAGCUGUCGGCGCUGCGCUCGGAGCUGAUGAAGGAGAUGGACCAGCUGCAGCAGCAGGCUGGCCUGCAGCGCGAGCAGCUGGAGGCCGAGGUGGAGAAGGUCCGGCAGGAUGAAGCUUUCCUCAGAGAUCACCUCUCCAUCUCUCUGAAGGAGAACAGACGCCUUGAGAUGGAGCUGCUGGACGGCACCGAACAACUAGAGGAGACACAAAGCCACAAUACUAAACUCCAGACGAGCCUGGACCUCAUGAUGAAGGAAAAGUUUGGAGACUUGGACCCUGGCAGUGCAGACUUCCUCCUCCAAGAGGAACGUAUCAAAGAGCUACGCAGCAGCUACGGAGCUCACUACAGGGAGCUGCAGGAUCGAAUCGACGAGCUGCAGUCAGAGCUGCAGGAGUUUCACAGUGUUGGGCGAGUUCAUCCAUCCUGCCACAAACCUCUCUCUGAAGAGCUGGAGAGUAAAAGCCCCGGCAUGGAGUCUGACCUGGGUAUCGGGUCGGAGGACGUUCAGCCCUUCAGCAUGAGCCUCGAGGCCGAGAUGAUGUUGGAGCAGCUGAAGGAGCAACACCUUCAGGAAAUGGAGGAUUUGCAAAACCAGCUGGAAAGCAAAGUCAAUGACUUUGAUAAGAUGGUGGGAAAGCAGAGGGCGACACACGAGGAGCAGAAGGCGGCUUCAGCUCUGCAGUACCAGCAGGAGGUCCAGGCUUUGAGGGAGGAGAUGACCAGCAUUCAGAAACAUGAACAGGAGCUCCAGAAUCAGCUCGAGCAGGCGGAGCUGGAGCGGACUUGUCUGGAGCAGAAGCAGGCCGAGGAGAGGGAAGAGCUGGAGAAUCUGCAGGAGGAGGAGGUGGGAGCUCUCAGACAACAGCUGCUGGAGGCCCACACCUACACUGCAGACCUGCAGGAGCAGCUGGACACAGAUGAAAGUCUCGUGGACGAGCUGAGGAAACAACACGCCGUGGAGAUUCAGAAACUGCAAGAAGAGCAUGUAGAGCUUUCUGAAGCCAGACUGGACGAGGAGAGCAAGAAGCUGCAGGAGGUAAAGGCUGCGUUGGAGAAGAGACUGUUGGAUGAUGGUGAAAGGGAGAAGGAGCUCCUGCAACAAAGCCACGAACUGAAGGCCAGACUAGAGCAGGAGAAAGUACGGUUUGAGGGAGAACGUGAGGAGAUUGUGCAGAGGCUGACGCAGCAGUGGCAGAACGAGAGGGCUCUGAUGGAUGAGCAGAACAAUGAGUCCCUGCAGGUGGUGCUGGAGGAAGAGAUGUUGAGACUUGUCAGGGAGCAGGAAGAGAAGGAGGGCGAGCUCAGGGAGCAGUGGGAGAGGGAACGAGCCCGGCUUCAGGAGCAGCACGAGGAGGCUCUGCUCCAUAGAGUGCUGCAGGUACAGGAGAAGUUUGAGCAGAGGGAGAAGAGGCUGAAGGAGGACUGGGAGAAGGAGAGACUGCAGCUCGAGGAGGAUUACGAAGGGAUGCUGCAGGAGAGGCUGGAUGAACAGCGGAAGAAGCUGGAGACUGAGAGGGAGGAGGAGAAGAGACUCGAAGGCCUCAUGGCAGAGGAGAGGGUUCGUCUGGAGGAGAGCCACCGAGAGGCCGUGAAGGAGCUGACCGUCAGACACACUGGAGAGAGGGACGCUCUCAGCUGCAUGUUGGACAAACUACGAGAGGACAUCGCUCAGGAGAGAUCCGAGGCCGGUCGCCUCGCUGAAGAAAACGUCGUCCUCCGGCAAAAGAUCGCUGCGCUGAAGGAGGAGGACUUGAGAGAAGUCCAGGAGGAGUUGAUACAAACACUGGAGCACUUAAAGAAAGGGAGGCUUGCGUCUCAGAAGGCAACAGAGAGCUUCAAGAAACAGAUCUCAGAGCUGCGUUGUCAGAGCCAGCAGCUCGAGGAUGAGAACGAGAUGCUGUCAGAGAAAAGCACACAAAAUGUUUGUGAUAUGAAGAAUCUGCAGACGCAGCUGGCAGAGCUGAUGCAGGACAACGAGCGGCGGGAGGCGUGCACGGCCGAAGAGAAAAACAAGCUGGCAGUGUGUGUGUCUGCUCUGGAGGCUGAGCUGACCAGAGCGCUGGAGGACGCUGCACAGCUGCAGCAGAGGAACUCCCAGCAGGCACUGCAGCUCUCUGGCCUCAGAGACAAGGCGGUCAGAGUCGAGUCCAUGGAGAGUCGGCUCAGCGACCUGGUGGAGGAGCGAGUGAGCGCGGACCAAGAGACUCGGGGCCUCUGCAGCCAGCUGGCUAAAGCUCAAGACAAGGUGAAGACGGUGGAUGAAACUCUUCAGGCUGUGAACCAUCAAAGUGCUCGUCUGAAGUCAGAGCUCCGUGUCCUGCAGCAGGAGAGGGAUUCCCUCAAACAUGAAGUCACCGUGUUGCACAAACAGCUGCAAAAUGUCAAUGAUAAAAACCAUGUUUUGGAGAUGGCCUUGCACUCGAGCGGUCUCCAGAGUCACAGCAAGAAGCUGUUCAGGGAGGAGAUGUCCCGGCUGCUGGACCAGGAGCAGCAGCUGCUGCGGCAGGACAACGACCGGCUGCAGGGGGAAGUACGCAGCGUGAAAGGAGAUCUGCUGCAGUCCAAAGAGAAGGUGCGUCAGCUGGACGCCUCCCUGCUGUCUCUGAAGCAGCAGAAGCAGCAGAGUCCGUCCUGCCUGCUGAAGGCUCUGGAGCAGGAGAACCUCUCUCUGAAGCAGCAGCUGGAGACGCACAAGGAGCUCAGCAAGGGCUGUGAAGCAGGACAAGGACAUGCAGAGCUGGAGGGACUUCUGCAGGAGAACGAGGCGCUCCGGACACAAAUGACUCGACUGUCGACGCAGCUGCUGGAGUCGUUUCAGGCUCAGCUGGUCGGUCUCCUGCCUCCCUCCCCUCAUAGGAUGCCGCGGGGGCCGCAGCGCGGGGACGAUCCGGACAACGUGCAGUAGCUGCGGUGGUGAGAUCCUCUG